AUGGCAACGGAGCUACAGCCGCCGGAAGGCUCAAUCUCGAUUGGCCCACCGACCACCACUGCCCAAUCCCCUGACCCACUUCCAAUUGAUCACUCCAACCCCAAAGCAGGCCCCUCUGCCACCAACAACCCGGGUCCAAGCCUUGCCCCUAAACGACAGCGCCGGCCCAGUGUCCGGUUGGGAGAGAUCGGUGGCGACCCACCUUACGACCACCUCAACCGCCGCCCUAUCAGAACCUGGCGCUUCCACAAAGACCCUUCUUUCGCCUCCAAGGCAUCCAGGACCCGUCCCCUCACAAACCUGGUUAACGGCGGUAAGUCGAAUUACCAAGCUACCCUCGAACCCACCGAGAAUUACACAGUCGCUACGGAGUUCACCCACCGGAAGCCCAAGAAUAAGAAGGCUGCCAAGCGGGUCCGGACCAAUUGGAAUAAAUUUGAAUCCGUGGUUCAUAACGGAGGUGUUGGUGCUGGUGGAGAAGGAAUAGUUGAUAGUGGUAACAAUUUUGAUGAAGAACAGAACAAUAAUAAUGCUGAAUUUCAGGAUUUUGAGCCAGAGGGCUCGGAGAUUCCCCUGUUAAAAGAGCAGAGCCCUGUCAAUUCUGUUGAGAAUAUGGGGCUGCAGUAUUGGGAUCAACAGAGGAGGGGAAGUAGGGUCCGGGUUUCGGAGAGUAAUGGAAUUAUUCAUGAUGAGAUUGAUUCGCAGGAACAGCGUAGUGGACGGAAUGUUGCAGUGAGGGAAUGGUUAAUUGGGUUGGGAUUGGGCAGAUAUGCCCCAGUUUUUGAGAUACAUGAGGUCGACGAUGAGGUGUUACCGAUGUUAACACUUGAGGAUCUAAAGGACAUGGGAAUCAAUGCUGUUGGCUCACGGAGGAAAAUGUACUCUGCUAUUCUCAAGCUGCGGAAAGGGUUUUCGUGA